UACAUCGACUCCUGCUCCGACAGUAGCAAACACACCCCAAAGCGCAGUUAUGGCGGUGGUAGACGACAUAGAACAGGGUCCGAAGAAGGCGAGCCGGGACAGACGACGCUCGUCUGUCAUUCACCUCAAAGAAGAGAAUGCUAUGCUCAGGCAGGCCAUGGAAGAUUGGAGACACGACGCGAAUCAAUGGGAGCAAAAUGCUGUGCACCACAGAAUGCACCAUGACGCAGCAUGAAGCCACUCUCCUCGAGGAAGUCACGCAUUUGAAGACGCUCCUCGAAGAUCGCAGGCAAGAACUGAAGGACGCCCAGCGCUUCAUGGGUACGAUGGAUACGUUCGCGGAGAGCGAUGUUGUUCGGGAAGUCCACAGCUUGAACACGGAGAUCUUCAACCUAGCACGGUCGAUAGCGGACAAUGCCUCACAGCACUCGCCCACACAAAUACAGGCCUCGGAGCGUGACGCAGCAGAAACCACGAUCCAUAUCUUGGGUCGUCAUUUCGCCACCAUGCUUGAGUCGACAGACACGCGAGGAGACACGAUCCUGCUCGAGAUCGCCAUACAAGUCGUGGUGACAGGAUUUCUCUAUGAGGUAGUCUCCGCCUGGACGAUUGGUCAUGACGGCAACGGCAUCCUGGCGUCUGUAUAUGGGAGAAUACGAGCAUACGAAAAUCAAAGCGUAGCGGGUCAAUGGCGUGCCUUGACCCGUAAGUUUGCACAAGACAAACACAUCAACCCAGCGCAAAUGGAAGAAAUUCUGACACGCGACCUCGCUGCGCUGCUCCAACAUGUCAUGACACUGUCACGCAUGAGUCUCUCUACAAGGCACAACCCACAGCCGUCUCUGCACACCUUGAUCGGUAAAGCGCUUAAGAUCCGCCACCUCGUCGGUGAGGCAAUGAAGAGCAGCGAAUACGAGGCACUCCUCCCCCAGCCAGAAGCAGCGUUCGUACCGGGCGAAAUGGAAGAUGCAUACGCCCCGAGAGGGGCGGGGCGGCGCGCGGGAUUGUCCGUGAUGUGUUGCGUGAGCUUAGGGCUUCGGCGAGUCGAGAAGUCCGAGGAGGGACUGCGAUCGGUGACGCUAAUAAAAUCGGAGGUUGGUCUUCAGACGUUAUUGGAGGAUCUGGGAGUCGCAGGCGAGGACGAUGAAGACAUGUCAGCCUAGUAGAAAGUCCUGAAUAUCAAACUAUGAACCUAGUAAUACACGCGCGACACACUCGCCACAUAGUUCCUCGUACUCUAAGACCAUCACUACGAUACACCCAGUUUGCGUUUGUAAGGGACAAUAAUCCUCUCUUGUCAGCGAAUGAAUAAUGAGAGGCGGAGACGUGUAUGGAAGCGCUAAGUACUAGGAGAUGAACGUGAAGCCG